AUGACCUUCUCGGAGAUCCUGGAGAGGGUGGGCAGCCUGGGGCCCUUUCAGAUCCUGCACGUGCUUCUGCUGUCCUUCCCGGUCUUCUUCAUGGCCAGCCACAACCUGCUUCAGAUCUUUACAGCAGCCACACCGACCCAUCACUGCGUGCCAGCCCACAACGCCUCCUCCCUGGCCUCAGCCUUGCCCAUUGGGCCCAACGGGGCCCCCGACCGGUGCCUGAGGUUCAGCCAUCCUCUGCUGGACGGGCCGCUGGGCCCCUCCAACACCUCCCUCCCCAAUGGGACCUGGGGCCACACAGAGCCCUGCCUGGACGGCUGGAUUUAUGAUAGGAGCAUGUUCGCCUCCACCAUCGUGACGGAGUGGGAUCUGGUAUGUGACUUCCGCCAGCUGAAGGAGAUGGCCCAGUCCAUGUACAUGGCCGGCAUCCUGAUUGGAGGGAUUGUGUUCGGGAGCUUAUCAGACAGGUUUGGCCGGAAGCCCAUCCUCACCCUGUCCUACCUUUUUCUGGCUAUCAGUGGCACCUGCUCAGCCGUCUCGCACAACUUCCUGACCUACACCAUCUUCCGUUUCUUGGCUGGGUGUAGCCUCUCAGGCAUCAGUCUCAGCACGGUGAUCUUGUGCGUCGAAUGGGUACCUACCCACAUUCGGGCCAUCCAGUCUACAUUCACCGGCUACUGCUACACUUUCGGUCAAUUCUUACUUCCGGGCUUGGCGUACGCCAUCACUGAGUGGCGAUGGCUGCAGUUCGUAGUAUCAACUCCAUUCUACGUCUUCUUCCUUUACUCCUGGUGGGUGGCUGAGUCUGUUCGAUGGCUGGUCCUGUCCGGGAAAUCCCCAAGGGCCCUGAAGGAGCUCCAGAGGGUCGCAGCUUUCAACGGCAGGAAGCAGGAGGGAGACAAGCUCAGCCUGGAGGAACUGAAACUUAACCUUCAUAAGGAGAUCUCCUUGAGCAAGAACUCCUACAGUGCGCUUGUCCUCUUCCAGAACCCCAUCUUACGCCGGAUAUCCUGCUGCAGCUGUCUCACGUGGUUCGCCACGGGAUUUGCCUACUACAGCCUGGCCAUGGGCGUGGAGGACUUUGGAGUCAAUAUAUACAUGCUCCAGAUAAUUUUUGGCGGUGUUGAUGUCCCAGCCAAGUUCGUCUCUGUCAUCUGCCUGAGCUACGUGGGCCGCCGGAUCACCCAGGGCGCCUGCCUCCUAUUGGCUGGCACUGCCAUCCUAGCCAACAUCUUUGUGCCUUCAGACAUGCAGAUAAUAAGGACCGGCCUUGCUGUCUUUGGGAAGGGAUGUCUCUCCAGCUCCUUUAACUGCCUCUUCCUGUACACCAGUGAGCUGUAUCCCACUGUAAUCCGCCAAAGAGGAAUGGGCCUAGGCAACCUCUGUACCCGAGUGGGCAGCAUGAUAGCCCCACUGGUGAAGAUCACAGGCGAGAUGAUGCCUUUCAUCCCAGCCCUCAUCUAUGGAGUCAUUCCCAUUCUGGGGGGUAUAGCUGCCUUCUUCCUGCCAGAGACACUCAACACAGCACUUCCAGAGACAAUGGAAGAUCUUGAAAGACGACACCCACAGGACAUUCUCUCCUUGGCCUCACUUGUAUUACCCGUUCUCUCAGGCAUCUGA